AUUUGCGACCCUUCACGGAAACUAGUGACACAAGUCGGCAGCACAAGUUUCGAGAUAAUGAGAACGUUUUUUUUUUCAAAAUUUGUGAUUUUCGUUUUAUUGCAGAAUCUGUUAGUUGAGAUCACGAAGAAGCCUCUGCAUGUUUGAGAUAGCAGUUUUUGUAUAUUUAAAAGUGUACAUUUUGCAGUUGAAAUCGGUUUGUUUUUCUGGAGAUUAUAACAUUUGUGCAGCGGGGGGCGUCAUUGUCUGUGCCCCCAAAGGUAGCAGCGUGACUACUAAAUAAGGAUAGUUUGCCCAAAAAAUAAAAAUAAUGUAAUUAAUGACUUACCCUUAUGUCGCUCAUCUUCGGAACACAGUUUAAGAUGUUUUAACGUCAGACUUAGUCUGAGAGCUUUCAUUCCCCUCCUUUGAAAAUCUAUGUACGGUUUCCAUGUCCAGAAAGUUAAUAAAAACAGCAUCAAAGUAGUCCAUGUUACAUCAGUGGGUUAGUUAGAAUGUGUUGAAGCAUCGAAAAUACAUUUUGGUCCAAAAAUAGCAAGAAUUACUACUUUAUUCAGCAUUGUCUUCUCUUUCGGUUCUGUUGUGAAGUCACGUGACUGUAGUGACGCAGCUGAACUGUUCCUCAGACAUGUUUAAGUUUUUUUUUUCAAACUUAUAGCGUGCGUCUCCUCAGACUGUAAACAAAGCUCGGGCGCACAAAACAAAAGAAAAAUAAAGAAGCUGGGAUGGAACAAAUAACAGUCAGCCGCGUUGUAUGUCAGCCGUGUCACUGACUUUGCGCGCCGCAGUCAUAUGAUGUCAAAGUACCGCGAUAGCUCUUCAAGAAAUCUUACAGAGUAGUUUAAUUUCGACUCGCUCUCGCAAUACUUUGAAUCAUCUGUCUGUCAGUUCUUGCAGCGCAGCAUGAAGUGAAGCAUGAUGCCCUGCUGCUGAACAACUGUAAAGAUGGGAUCCAUCCCUGCUGGGUCUCUGGGCUGGUCAGUCUGUUCUGUCAUGAUGGAUAGAGAGGAGGAGACCCAGAUGCAGGGAAAAAACAGAAAGUUUAUUUAAUAGUUCAAUAAUAAACUACACAAGAGAAAUAACAGGCUUGUUCCUCUUCGGGUCACCAGGGGCGCCACUUCCGGGCAACCAGGCACAGCGCGGAGAUACUCGACCCACCAAUCCACAGAGGGAGGAGCUAGCUGUCAGAGUUGGGGAAAUACAGAACAGUCUGCGAUCCUCGACUGAGGGACUGCGUAGCACGGAGAUCACACGACCCGUGAGCCUUGACUGGAGAAAUCGAAUCUUGCAAAGGAGAGCUGGAGGCCAGAGAAACCCAGCGAGGCGCGUUCCCUCGGAGGCGGGGCAGAGCGCCGAAGCAGCGAGGACGAGAACUGCAAUAAAACGCCCUGGGCACCAGCGGGAAACAACGGGCAAAAACUAAACGACAACGAAAACAAAAGAAAAUAACAAUGACUAGAAUAAGCAAGGACUAAAAUAAGCGAGGACUAGAGUUCAAAAAUUGCUUAGUUCAAAGACAAGACUAGGAAUCGGCCCGAUCUGCACGUGAAACAUACAACGGACUGACAAAGACAGAGGAAUGAGAGGCAAAUAAAUAGGAACCCUAAUGAGGAUAAGGAGAGACAGGUGAGAAGAGAAUCCCGUGAGCGGGAAAUUAAGGAAAAUAUACUACAGGCGUGCAUGUGAGAAUGCAGUGCGCGGGGAAUACCAGAACAGGGAAACACGGGGAUGAGGUGAGUGACACAGACACCGAGCACAUGGCGAGCUGUCAAAACAUACCCCCACGAGCCCAACAAAACAAACAAGACACACGGACAUGAACCGACCGAAAGACUGAGGUCGUGACAGAUUUUAUUUAAUUGUUGUCUAUUAAGAAUGAUUGUCUUUGCCAAAUUUUAUUGUUUAUUUAAUAUUGAAUUUAACAUCCAUAUCUUAUUUCAGUAGUGAUUUGUUAUAUUUGCAUAAUAAUUCAUAUAGCAUAUUUAUGUUUAUGUAUAUUUUUAAGUUAACAAUGUGAUUUUAAUACACAUUUGUUAUUGUAUGACACCUCAUGUAAUGAAAAUUGAAAAUAAAAGUAUUUUUCUGAUGUCUUGCAGUUCUGUUUUUAAACUGCAAAAAGUUUCUAUAUACCACCAAAAAGGGUGCUGCUGUUGUUAGAGUCCUUAUUUGGUACUAUAUAGAACCAUUUUUCUAAAGAGUGUAGAGUAACAGGAAACCCCUUUUUUGCACAAGUAUCUUAAACACAAAAACAGGAAACUAUUUCAACUGUUCAUUUAAAAGGAAACAUAGACUUUUCAAGCGACUGUCUCACUCUGUCUGUCAGUAUAUGAUUGAAAUAUGGCAGAAGCUCAUAUUUUUCAGGACAAGUUCAGCUGUUCAGUGUGUUUGGAUCUCUUGAAGGAUCCAGUGACCAUUCCCUGUGGACACAGUUACUGUAUGAGCUGUAUUACAAACUGCUGGGAUCAGGAUAAUCAGAUGGGAAUCUACAGCUGCCCUCAAUGCAGACAAACCUUUACACCAAGACCUGUUUUAUUUAAAAAUGUGAUGAUUGCUGAAAUGGUGGAGGAACUGAAGAAGACAAAACUUCAGACUGCUGUUCCUGCUGACUCUUAUGCUGAAGCUGGAGAUGUGGAGUGUGACGCCUGUACUGAGAGAAAAUACAAAGCUGUCAAGUCCUGUCUGGAGUGUCUGAAGUCUUACUGUCAAAAUCAUCUUAAACAACAUGAGAAUCUCUUCAAUGACAGGAGGCAUCAUUUGAUGAAUCCCACCAGACAACUUCAUGAGAUGAUCUGCUCAAAACAUAAUAAACAACUAGAAAUCUACUGUCGCACCGACCAACACUGCAUUUGUUAUCUGUGUACGAUGGACGAACAUAAAAACCAUGAUACUGUGACAGCUGUAGCAGAAAGAACUGAGAAACAGAGACAUUUGGGAGAGAGACAGAGAAAAUUACAUCAGAUAAUUGAGGAGAGAGAGAAGGAGCUUCAGGAGCUGAGAGAGGCUGUGGACUCUCAUGCGCGCUCUGCACAGACAGCAGUGGAGGACAGUGAGAGGAUCUUUACUGAACUGAUCCGAUCCAUUGAGAGAAGACGAUCUGAGGUGACACAACUGAUCAGAGAUCAGGAAAAGACUGCAGUGAGUCGAGCUGAAGGAGUCAUGAAGCGUCUGGAGGAGGAGAUUGAUGAUCUGAGGAGGAGAGAUGCUGAACUGAAGCAGUUUUCACAUACAGACAAUCACAUCCAUUUCCUACAGAGUUUUCAGUCUCUGUCUGCAGCUCCUGAGUCUUCAGUCUCACACAGAUUUCCUCUCAGCUCUCUCCUCUCUUUUGAUGAUGUGAGGAAAUCUCUCUCUCAACUGAAAGACAAACUGGAGGAUUUCUGUAGAGAGGAGAUAAAGAAGAUAUCUGAUAAUGUUACAUAUAUUACAGUUAUUCCUGCUGAAUUGAAGAGCAGGGAGGAUUUCUUACAAUAUUUCAAGCAGUUCACACUGGAUUCAAACACAGUAAAUAAAUUAAUUCAGCUGUCUGAUGGGAACAGAACGGCUACUAACACUAAUACAGACCAUCAGUAUCCUGAUCAUCCAGACAGAUUUGAUCGCUGGCGUCAGGUGUUGUGUAGAGAGAGUUUGUGUGAACGCUGUUACUGGGAGGUUGAGUGGAGUGGUAAGGUUGAUAUAUCAGUGUCAUAUAAGAGCAUCAGCAGGAAGGGAGAGGGUCUUAAGUGUAAAUUUGGAUUUAAUGAUCAGUCCUGGACUUUUUACUGUGAUGGCUCCAGCUGCUCAUUCAUUCACAAUAACAAACACACUAAACUCCCUGUAGUGUCGAGGUCCUGUAGAAUAGGAGUGUAUGUGGAGCACAGUAAAGGAUCUCUGUCCUUCUACAGCGUCUCUGAUACAAUGAACCUCAUACACAGAGUCAACACCACAUUCACUCAACCACUUUAUCCUGGGUUUUAUAUUUAUAAUGGAUCCACAGUUAAAAUGUUUCAUCUCGUAAAAUAGAUUAUAGAGAUUUUAAAAGCAGUGCUGGUAAAUUCUGGAUUAUAAGAUUGAUUACAAUAUAUUUUUCAUAUGCUUUUAUUUAGAUUUUAU